AUUCACUUUCCUUUUCCUCUCUUCUCUCCUUUAGUGAUCCAUGGCGCAUCUCCUUUCCAUUCCACAUCCGUUUGCUGAAGGUGGGGGUGAUGAAGAACCGAGGAGCAGCUUCUCAGGGAGGGAGGCAUACAUGAUCAAGAAAAGCAAAACAGAACGAUUGAUCAAGGACUGUGAUCGGGAUCUUUGUAGUGACAUGGAAUGUGGGUGGAAAAUCACCACCUGGUCACUUGAAUCUCAAAGAUUGGCUUCACACCUCACCUCCAGCAGAUAUUUACAUUCUUGUGUAUGUCCUAUUAUCAAUUUUAUUUUUCUUUACAAUUUUCUUCUCUUUUGUAGCUAUGCAAAUACAAGAAGAUUAAUGGAAUCUGUUUUUAUUCCAUUCUCCAAAUUUCAAGAAAUUGUUCCCCUGAAUGCUGGAAACGUUUUGGGAGCAAAAGACAAUGGCCCUGCCAGGAAGUGGCUGGCUCGCACCCGAAAGACUCUUAAUAAUAUCCCUGGCACAAGUGGCAGUGCUAGGAAGUUGCUACAUGCCUUCUCCAAUUCCUGAUCCAAUAGCAGAAUUAGAUGAAGAUUUUGGAGGCUCCACAAAGCAGAAGGCCUCAUCUUUCUUACACCAUCGGUCAUUAUAGUCCUUGAGUCGUAGCAUGAGAAUGGACAAUGACAUGUCAACCUCGCAACUUGGCUGGAUCGACGAUUCAGUGUUUGUGAUAGGGUUAUUUUUUGUCAGGCCGAGUGAUUAUAAUCCCAAUUUCAUAUGGAGUUCGUCUGAUGAUGAGAAUGCACCUAGGAUCCCCCGGGUACCAUGUUCUCACCAAUGUCCUAUGGUGGUUCCACAUCCAUGGAGGAUAGGGAGAGACUAUCUGGGUACUCAAGGUACUGCCUUAUUGCAAGUAAGCUAAUGGUUGGGAUAUUUCUCACGAUAUGGGUGAGGAGCAACCUGAGGGAUGAUGUACGCAAUAUGAAAGUUUCUUGUGUGAGUAGGGAAUUGAUGGGUUAUCUUGGAAACAAGGUACAUUGUUACAUGAAUCAGAUUGCUACUUUUUCUUGAUAUUGAAUCUAUAGUCCACGUAAACCACCAUGAUACUGCUAAACUGAUAGGUUACAGAUUGGAAGGAGGAAUGCACAUUGUUCUGUAAUUGUCUCAUCAUGGGAGUCCAAAGAAGACAACCAACCUCAUGUUAUCUUAGACUUACGAAGGAACAUCCUCAACUUCUAUUUGGACAUACCAUUCUCUUAAUAGCCUCUCUCUCUCUCUCUCUCUCUCUCUCUCAGUCUCAGAGUAGCAUUUAACCAUUGAUUGUCUAGUUCUCUCUCUCCUACAGCCACACGUGCAUUUGCACAUGCUCUUUUAUUUUACUAGUACAUAUAUUGACUGUACAGUGAUGUAAGGUUCCAUAAGAGUCGAUUCCGUAUCUCAUAUGGUAAGAAUAAAGUGACUACUCUCUCUACGAUAUUAUUAUAGAGAAAGUAUCCGCAUAUGCUGGAGGAAAAGUAUCUAUGUGGACUUGCGGUUGUGAUUAGAUUUCAUUCUAGCCAGAGCUGUUUAGCAAAACCUGAACCCACGACUUCCUCUUGUAUUCGUCUUGGUGAUGCUAUGGCAAUGCGAAUUGGAAUCUUAGAAGCAUUGUCAAACUU